CUGAGAAGACAACAAAGAGACUCAAGAUAGAAAAAAAAACAAACGAGGUGCUACCAAGACUAAAUAUUAAGUCUGCAGAGGUCAAUAAAGAAAAUGACAAAGAUGGACCAGUUGAUGGACCACAUGAACAUGAACUCCGUAAAGAUGGAGGUGAUGAAAAUGAACACAGCGGAGAUGGACGUGCAGAAGGUGCUCAAGAAAAUGACAAAGACAGACCCGUUGAUGCACCACAUGAAUGUGGACUCCAUAAAGAUGGAGGUGAUGAAAAUAAACACGAUGGAGAUGGACCUGGACAAGCUGCUCAAGAACAUCUGCACAACGGAGUUUUUGAAAUUGACGAGGAAAGUCAAGAUGCAGGCCUGUGGGAGGAGGUUGUAGCAAUUGCAUCAGAGGCAGAAAAAGCAUUGGAGACAUGCUUAAACACUGGACUUCCAGAAAUUUUGAAGAGCUAAUGAUGCAAUUGCUUUUGCUCGAAUGCAAAUUUCUCCCGAUACGUUGAUUCUUGCAGUUGAACGAAAACACCCUUUCUCUGGCUUCGAGUACGUAGUACUGGAUGUGAUGUUCUUUUUGACAAGGUACAUGCAAAUGGGUGAACACGAGAGAAACUCUUAUGAGUUGAUUGACCCUAUCGGCAACCACAUCAUGCGCAAUAGGGGAAAGGUCUCGUCAUAUGACAAAUUGUUUGUGGAGAAGAGUCAACGACCGGGACUAUUUAUAGAUUUGGCUGAGAAGAAGAUGAAGGAGAAGAAGGAGGAGAAGAAAAAGAAGAAUAAGGAGAAGGAGAUGAAGAAGAAGGAAAAGAAGAAGAAGAAGAAGAAGAAGAAUGAUAAGGAGAAGAAAAGGAAGAAGAAGGAGAAGGAGGAGAAGAAGAAAAACAAGAAGAUGAAGAAGAAGAUGGAGAAGAAGAUGAAGAAGAAGAUGGAGAAGAAGAUGGAGAAGUAGAUGUAUCUUCUUCCUUCCACUCACCUUGUCAAUAUCUUGGAGAUGGAGUCUCAAAUCUUGAUGA